UCUUACGGCUGAGGCUUCACCCACCACACACAUGCACUACUCCUCCUCCCAAAAAACGACACCGUCGAGUGAGGAAUUAUUGUGGAUGGCGACCUCUGAGCAGGGCUGCUUCUCAAUCUCAUCUACAGUGAGAUAAGCUUUUAUUCCGCCCUCAUGGGUUUUCUCCCUUCCCAACCCUCGGAUGGCUGGUGGGGAACCGAGAAAGAAGCUGACUCCGUCUUUGAUUAGGGAGCUCUCCUUCUCUCCUUUUGGCUGCUGCUAAAUGGAAGGCAGGCAAAGACCCCUUCUUAGCUGCAGAAUUUUCGAUCGCCGUCCUGUGCAGCUUCCUCUUCCUCUUCCUCCAUCGACAAGGCUGCAGGUGAGUUGAGUUGAGUGAGUUCCAUGGAGUUCAGGAAUCAAGAUGGCGACUUGCGCCUUCCUCUGGCUGCUGCUGCUGCUUCUUCUUCUUCUUCCUUGGUUUACAACCCUCCUCCCAUUAGAGGCUCGGCUUUCUCAAAGCCACCGGCCCUUGCUCCUCCGUCCGCUAUCUUGUCACCGAAAGGAGGAGGAGGUGGAGGUGACGGUGGAUUGAGAAAUGGUAGUUCUCCGGUGGUUACGGAGGACAUCAGUUCUUUCUUUGGCAGACCGAAGGUAAGAGAGACAGAUCAGCCGGCGCCUGGUGCCGGUUUGCCAGGUUAUAAAGUGUCGGAAGGCGGCGAGAUGUUCGGCGAGGAGGAGGAGGUGGCCGGGAAGUACAAGGAGUGCUUGCGGAACCACGCGGCCUCUGUCGGCGGCCACGUCGUCGAUGGGUGCGGGGAGUUCAUGCCCAAUGGCGGCCCUUCCACCCCUGACGCCCUCAAGUGCGCCGCCUGCGGCUGCCACCGGAGCUUCCACCGCAAGGACGGCGACGGCGCCGACGUCCAUCCGUAUCAUCUACGCCAAGCCCCGCCGCCGCUGUUGCUGCCCCCGCCUCCGCUGCGGCUGCAGAGGGCGCUCGGCGGGGUGUUCCCCGCGAGCUCGCCGACGUCGCGAGCGGUGCCGGUGUCGUCGUCAGGGUGGAUGGCGAGCGCGACGACGGAGUCGUCCAGCGAGGAGAGGGUCGUCGUCGGCGGCGGCCCCGGGAUGGAUGCGAAGGCCAUGAGGAAGCGGUUCCGCACCAAGUUCACCGCCGAGCAGAAGGAGAAGAUGCUGGCCUUCGCGGACCGGAUCGGGUGGCGCUUCCAGCGGCAGGACGAGUCGCUGGUCGAGCAGUUCUGCUCCGACGCCGGCAUCAAGCGCCACGUCCUCAAAGUCUGGAUGCACAACAACAAACACUCCAUCAAAAAACAGCAGCAGCAUCAGCACCAGCAGCAACCUCCUUCACCUCAAGAACAACACCAGUAGCUCAAAAAAUUUACAUACAUAUUUAUAUAUCUCAUGAUUUCACGAAGAAGAUGAAGAUGGACUACAACAAACUAAUUGUGCUGCUCAAAUCGCUGCCUCUUAUAGAUUUGAGCUACUUCAAUUUCUGCACUAAUCAGUUCUAAUUUCCUCAGUAGAACGGCCAUUCUUACUCCAUUACUGUUGCAUUAGAGAGCUUCACGUGCCCUAACCUCCCUCCCCUUUCCAGAUUCCGAUGGCAUCGGGAUGGGAUCACAAAAAAAGCAAAGCAAGUUUUGUCA